AUGGCUGCUCCCAACUUGACUGAUAAGGACAUCUACAUUGAGCUUGGCGAUAUGUCCAAGGAUAAGGAUAUGGGCAGCAAGAUUACUGUCACUGCUGUUGGUGAUGUCCCCGAAGUAAAGAAGAGCUCGCGUGGUUUUUUCUGCUGCUUCGGUGUUACUGUUUUUUCUCUCGUUGCCCUCUUGGUCAUGCUUAUUUAUGCACUUUCCACCUUGGGCUCCCGUCUCAACGCAGACGCCAAUGCUAGAGAGUCUGGUAGUCUCCACGAGCGCCAGAUCUACCCGCGUGGAUUGCGUUUCCCUCCCGUUCCCCCGUUCCUUGGUCCCCAUGUCACCAACAGCUCGAGCCUUGUUACCGGAACCUCGGCUACCGUCUUUGUUACUGUUACCGGCUCUGCGGUCAACUAUGUGACUGUUUCUGCCACCACUGCUUCUGAUAGCAGCUCGGUUGCCUCUGCUGGCCGUUUCAGUGCCGGAGAUGUUCGAGGUUCCGUUGGUGGUACUCUGACCCUCACCUCUGCAUCCAACACUGUUACGAAGACUCGAACUUUCACUCCCACCAAGGUUGUCAUUGUCACGCCUGGUGAGAGUAGUGCUCAGGCUUCAAUGACCACCUCCUCGCCUAUUCCGGUAUCUAGCGCGAUCGACAUCGACGAGUGCUCUCCCGAGGUUUUCUACUUCACUGUUACCCAGAUUGUCAGCCCGAUUGACGGAGCUCAGCAAUCUCCCGCCACCGAGGUUGGUGUUCCUAUUGCAUCCGGUGAACCCAUCACCAGCACGAAGACUGUUACCAUCAUUGGUGACAGGACCGAAACUGCUCCUGUUCUAACUGUUUUACCUCCUGCACAGAUCUCCUCGAGCUCUAGCGGCGUGACCGAUGUUGUCACUGUCACUCACCAAGACACCGUCAUUGUUACCGUCACCGAGAUUGUUGGGGAGACCGGAGCUGCUGAUGCUGGCCCGGCCGACAAGGCCACGCUUACGACGCAUACUCACUCUACCUACGCUACCACCAAGGUUGUUGGCGUUGAGGAGACUGUUUAUGUUACCAACACUGCCCCCGCUGUUAACGUGAGUUACUCGGUCGUUCAGCAUAGCGACUCGACUUUCUCCCCCACUGGUGUCUUCACCAUCACCGGCACCGCACAUCUCGGCGAUCCCACUCUUGGCGCUUCUGCCACCCCUUCUGAUGACACCUCCGGCGCUGAGAAGAAUGGUGUCGGCAGUGGUAAUGCUCGUGUGUUUGCCGUCGUCAUGGCGAUCGCCGGUAUCUCCCUCUUGUUGUAA